AUACAAAAAAUAAGCUUCACGAUCUGAUGAUAAAAAGACCUUCAUUCAACCGCGUUAAUAAUAUUUUAAAAAACUAAUUAAAAAAUUUCUUUUUCAAAAAUUUCCGAUACGGAGAGAGUUAUCCUGCAUAUAUUUCGACAUCCUAUAUAUGUAUACACCCAACCCAAAAGCUACGUGCGCAUUGUUUACGCACACGCUAUACGCACAUACAUACACGUAAAUACGUUCGCGUGAAAAGCAGUGGAAAACGCCGAAAGCGCGUCGAACGUCGAACGGACGCGCGCACCCGCACGUUCAAUGACGUUCGUCCCGAUCCUUAUCGGCAUUCGGCGCACGUCACGCGCCCACGACACAAAAUAUACAAUUCCCGGUCGCAUUGUUGCAUUGUUGCAUUUCUAAUUUCUAGCUUAUUCGAGAUAUGACGGACGGCGCGAGCCGCGCGUAGGCGUUGACACAAUCGUGUCGCGUGACAGAGAUCGUGACUCCGCCGUGUCGCAGGUCGCAGUAUACUCGCAGUUUCCAUCGUCACGUUCCCCCGCUAUACCAUCCCUAACCCGCGGACGAGAGGACCGGCUGACUUGCUCCUCGCUUCAGGGGGGCCGUGUAUCGUCGUCGUCGCUCGUGUGUCCGCGCGCGCACGGCAUGGAGUGAUGGAGGCGUCCUGAUUUCUCCCCCCGAUCCGAUGAGAGGCACGGAGUCGUCACGCACGGAGCGACGAGGACGCCGUAGGCACGCACAAAAGCGCACCGUCAACGCACCGUCAGUGAACUUUGGAACUUCGCACUUUGAUCCCUCGGGCCACCGCGUCUUCUGACACCUGGCACCCGCACCGCACGGUUAAUCCGUUCUCCUUCCCCUCGCGCACACACGCUCGCACCACUUCCUCUCGUCAGGGAUGCCGAAUUGAGGCAGAGAAACCAAAUAUUUAUGUUUUCCAUAAAACGUACGGUCUAGUUUUAUUCGCUUAUCACCAUGGGAAUGCUGACCUCUGUGAAGCAAUGGUUGGUGAUACACCUUAUGUUCGCCAUCACAUUUUUUACAUCUGGCUUGAUAAUAAAUUUCUUCCAAUGCGUUUUAUAUCUUGGACUGAGGCCAUUUUCCAAAUACCUCUAUCGCAAGAUUAAUUAUUACCUCUGCUACUCCUUUUACUGUCAAUUAGUAUUCAUGGCAGAAUGGUGGGCAGGAUCGGACCUAAUAUUGUACAUAGAUAAAAAGGACUUUGAUAAAUAUUUCGGUAAUGAGCACGGCUACCUCCUGAUGAAUCACAGUUACGAAACCGAUUGGUUGAUAGGUUGGCUGUUAUGCGAUCGCGUGAGAUUACUAGGUAAUUGUAAAGCUUAUGCUAAGAAGUCGAUACAGUAUAUUCCUACGCUGGGAUGGGCGUGGAAAUUCGCUGAGAGUAUUUUCCUCGAGAGGAGUUGGGAGAAAGACAAGGAGAACAUCAAAACUCAAAUCAAGGAGCUCGUUGAGUAUCCUGACACAAUGUGGUUGCUGCUCUAUCCCGAGGGUACACGCUUUACGCUGAAAAAGCUGGAAGCCAGUCAGAAGUUCGCUAUCGAAAAAGGUCUGCCAGUAUUAAAAUAUCAUUUAACCCCACGCACAAAGGGCUUUACCGCCAGCAUUCCGCACAUGAGAGGCAAAGCGACGGCCAUCUACGACAUUCAGAUAGCGUUCAAGCCGUCUGAUCCCGUGAAGCCGACUAUGAGGAAUCUUCUCUUCGGGAAACGGCUGGAGGGACAUAUGUAUGCUAAAAGAAUUCCCAUCGAGGAGGUUCCGGAGGGAGACGAAGCUGCUGCUGAAUGGUUACAGAAACUGUAUCAGCAAAAGGAUCGUAUGACGGAGAGCUUCUAUGAAACCGGCGAUUUUUUUGCCAAGAGCGGGGUGCCUAGGACAGACUCUUUCAGGCUAAAGAGAAGAUACUAUUCCCUUAUUAACACCAUUUGCUGGGCGAUAGUUGUCCUUGUACCAAUGCUAUAUUAUCUAGUGAGGCUCCUUCUAUCCGGCUCGAUUUUUGGCAUUACCAUCGGGGUCGGGGUUAUCUUUGUAUUUUAUUUGCUAAUGUACAAAACCCUCGGAAUGUCGGAGAUAAGCAAGGGUUCGUCGUAUGGUGCGGCGGACACGAAAAAGGACAAAUAAUUUCAAAGCAAUUGCUUUACGAGAGAUGACUCCCGUAAAAUAGAAGUGUCAAAGCAAGAAUUGGAACGGGUUAUCGUGCGAUUUUAUAGGCGCGAAGAGAGCGAGAAGAAAAAAGAUUACGGAGAAAGACGGCAGAUAUCUACGUAUACAUUUGAUUUAUACUCUUGUGUAAUCCAUUCAGUGCGCGCGAGCGCGCGUGCGACAAAUGCGUUCUCUGUAUGGAUUAGAUAUGUAACACAUAUACACACAAACUAACACGUACACAAACUAACACGUAAGAAUAUAUAUGUGUGUAUGUAUGUAUAUAU